AUGCCUUUACGAUAUGGGUGGCAGAUCCAGCAAGGGAAGUUCAAUGGCUCAAGGCACCCAUGUAGCUCAUUGACCCUGGGGAAAGGAGGAACUAUCGUCUUCAAUGACACAUUCGCCGUCACUCUGUUCCAAGAUGCCGUCUUCGAGCCCUCCUGUACCAGCGUUAUCGAGCCAGACUCCUAUGACCCGUCAACGAUCGUGGAUGUCCGUGAACACUUCUACGCCUCGACCUCUCCCCAGAUGUACGCCAUUGCAACCGCGACCGUUCUAGCAUACGUCCUCUCCAUAAUUCUCUUCAUUACACCCCGUACAUUUUUUAUAGGCGGCCGCGGUGGAGGCUUCCUAGGUCGACAUGGCAUGAUCAGCGGGUCAUAUGGUAGCAGUUCAGUCAUCGGGGUUGGCGGGAGACCCUGGCUACAAAAAAUUGCAGCCUUGACGGUUGCCAUAUCCCUCACGAUUGCCACAGCCGAUUCCUUCGCAGUUGCAAAAGAGCAGUAUGAAAUGGGAUACAUGGAUUCUACAGCUCUCACCAACGAGGUUGUCAACGGUCUCGAAUUGCGCAUUAUACGUGUCAUAUCAAGCACGUUUCUCUGGCUCGCGCAAGUCCAGACCCUAAUUCGGCUGUUCCCACGACACAAGGAAAAAGUCGUCAUCAAAUGGGUGGGAUUUGCACUCAUCGUUCUCGAUACCAUCUUCAGUAUACUCAAUAAUUUCGCACAUCCGGGGAACACUAUAGUCCACCCCGGAAAACUCAGGGACGCUGUUCCUGCGCUAAACUACUUAUUUGAACUAGCCUUAAGUAUGCUCUACGCAGCAUGGGUUGUUUUCUACUCCCUUUCCAAGCACAGGUUUGCUUUCUUUCAUCCCAAAAUGCAGAAUAUCUGCCUUGUUGCAUUGUUAUCAUUACUUGCACUCUUAAUACCCGUUGCCUUCUUUAUUUUGGAUGUUUCCCAACCGAACAUUGCAGGCUGGGGUGAAUAUAUUCGUUGGGUCGGCGCAGCAGCGGCAAGUGUGGUGGUUUGGGAAUGGGUUGAAAGAAUUGAGGCCCUGGAACGCGAAGAACGGAAGGACGGGAUCCUCGGUCGCGAGGUUUUUGACGGCGAUGAGAUGCUCGAGGUGACUCCGUCUGAAGAUACUAGCUCACCAGAUUCGCGCGGAAAUGGUCAUCAUGGCGGGUUUGGACGCGGCCCAAACUGGGAACGCAUUGCAAAGAUUCCAUACAACCCAUUCCGCCCUCAUCAUCGAUCAUGCAGCCGGCCGUCUAAUAUAAAUGGGCGCAAACGUCGAAAGGCAGACAUGAACCCUCCAGAUAUUGAGUCAUCCCAAGUUGUGGAAACCGCUCCACCCCCCGCCGUGGCCAGUCCUAUUAGUCGAGAGAAUACGACUAGCGCUACAAGCACACUCUAUUGUGUGCGAUAUCACUCCGUCGGCACUCCAUCGGCGUCCAACUCCGAUUUAACACGGCUAGGGGAUGGUGAGCGAGGCGGUUCGGUGGAAUUAGUUAAACAGGGCACUCUUUCAACGGAAAAAAGCGACAUAGUUACCCCGGUCCCUUCGCGGAAAAUAGGCAUAGGUUGGCUCAAUGCCGUCAACCCCUUCAAGCGAAGACGUGGAUCACCCCCACAGGAGGUUGCAACGGCACAAGCAGAAGAAGGCAUGGCUGCAACCGCUACAUUGGCUACGGGGCUCAAUGAAGAACGUGAAGGCCGGUGGAAACUCGCACCAGCUUUUAACGUAGUAGCAUCACGUCUACACCGUGAAUGGAUAGGGUCAUCACCUGAUAAACGAGGCACUGAACCCCCGAUUCUCCCUGUCACAGUUAUACCUGUCAAGAACAAACGUGAGAGAAUAGCACCAAGCUCUGGCGAGGAUACAUCCACCCCGAGUUCACGGUUCCGAUGGGGCGAAUCUAGUGGUGAACGGAAAGGGGUGGACGCACCGCUACCUGUGAUGGUGAUUCCUGCUCGGUCACGGUCAGCUAUUACAUGGUCAACUCCAGGUCUAGACGAACCUGGACGUCCUUUAUUUAGCAGCCCAGCGAGCUCAAGUCCGAACCCACACGCCCCUUUGACCGAUCGAGAGACCCCAUCUUCAAUGCUCUCCUCCCAGCCAUAUGGUACAUAUUCUCGGGAUCCGCAAGAGAGCUUAUUCUUGCCAACAAACGUUCAAUCUGGCCCAACACGCAUUCAACACACGAGGUAUGAGGAAGAAGAAGGUGACGAUGAUGAAUACAUGGAGGAUAUAUUAGAUCCACCCCCAGGCCGAAUUGACUCCAGGGAGUGUGAAGAUACCACCACCACCGCCACCACUGAACACAUAUCCGACUCUCAUUCAAACCAACAACCACCUGAGCCUCCCGAUCCCUCACCGAACCCUGAGGGAGCUACAUCUCAGACACGACAUCGCUCUCCAUCCGAUUUCGACAGGAUUCGCUGGGCGCACUUUGCGCUUAGCUUCCACGCCGACCAUUCAGCCCCCUCAACACUCGAUAUCGGCAUAUACGAGCUUGCAUACUACAUUCGAAGGACUCUUCGAUCGAUGUCGAAUGUCAAUUCCCGCAUGUUUGAUGCUGGCGUGAGCCGCGAGCUGCCUGUGAGGGGCCCGGCGCUGAUGAGGCUUCCGUUAAAUCUAAUCGCCUUGAUAGUAGCUCACCUUGACGAUGUCGGUGACCUCGCGCGCCUCUGCCGGACCUGUCGUGUGCUGAAUUACAUGUCCCUUCCUCAACUCUACAAGGAUCUCACCCUUACAUCCUACGGCCGGAUACGAUAUAAUGAAGACGACCUACCGGAAGGUUAUGGGAGCGCGAGCCCGUUUUCCAUGGGACUGAAUGCUUUGGUCACUCGCAACGUUGCGCCGCUGGUUCGAUCGAUAACAUUGCGUGGGGAAUGGCGAGAUGAUGGUUUAGAAGAACAUGCUAGGGUUGGGAGGGUCCCGGACUCGUCUAUGAUGUUGAAUAUCAGUGUCCGGGCUGCUAUUGAUAAAAUGGUUGGGCUGGAGAGCUUCAGCUGGGAGAUAUAUAACACCAAAGCACUGGAGACCGUAUGUCAAGGCCUUGCGCAGCUUCAGAGCCUCCAGUCCUUGACUCUUCGAUUCCCGUCCAGUCGACACCCAAGACCGACAACCACCAUACCUCCUAUGCCCAAUUUACGCGUUCUCAAGGUCACGGAUAUCGACCCCCUCUGCUAUCCGGAUGAUAUUUCUCUACUAUUAUAUGGUAGCAGGAAGCUACGUGACCUGAGGAUGCAUUGGUCUCCCCGGAUGCGUGAAUCGCAAGAACCUAGUGUUGCGCUCACUGAUUAUUUUCGAAGGUGCAUCGCAGCAAAGGCGCCUCUACGUUUAAAGAAACUCUCUUUUCAAAAUUUUUAUGCGCUUCAUACCGGAGAGUCGAGCAACGGCGUUAGCCAUGACUCUCUGGAAGAGAUUACAAUGCUAACGAGUCCCAGUGACAAGUCGGCAAUGACUUUUGUAGAAGCCAGCUGGCCAAAUCAAGGGCCCCGGGAGGAGAUGUCGAAUCUAAAAACAUUCCGAGUUGACCGUGUGGAGAAAAGAGGAUUGGACUUCUUACAACAGUUAACACCUCUUGAGAACCUAUAUUUUGUCAACCCACUGCGCGAACCAAUAGACUAUGUCAACAAUGCAAAACCUGGAUCGUCGUACCCUUCAUCCCCUUCGACACCCCUCCCCAAUGGAUCUGGCAACCCUACUAUGGUGAACGACUAUGGACAACAGAACCAGUCAACGCCGCCUGCGCUGAGCCAACAAUCAGCUUCAUCUUCAGCUUCCCGAACAUCCCUAAGGGAAUUGCAUUUGUCAACAAUUAUUUCUGUUCAUGGAGCCACCUUAAAGCGCCUACUUCUCCCCGCACGAAUGGAUAUACCUGCACCUCUCGUUGCGCGGCUAGUCCAUGCUUGUCCCAAUCUAGAGCAGCUUGCCCUUUCUGUUGAUACCAACAGCCUUGAAGUAAUUGGACUCGUAUCACCCUUCUUAAGGAAACUUGAAGCACUCCGAAUACUUAUCCCAACCUCUCGGGGCGGUGACCGGAGGUCUGGAACACCGGCCGCCAGUACAAGUAUAUAUGGGGGAGGGCACCACACCGAAACCGAUGGAAAUUGCACCGCUCCUUCAAGGUCGGAGAAUAUGCCACGGCCUGAUCUGUCCAUUCUUCCGCCAUCAGAUGCACGGGAUAUUGCACAGCUGGUAGAUCUUGAUGACGCUUUUCAUGCUGAAGUACUCUCCCUACGUCUCGCAGAGCCGAUUUUCAGUAACCUUAAAAUACUCGGUUUCGGGUGGAAAGCAUGGCAGGUUGGCGAAUUAUACAAAGUCACAGCUCCGGACGCGCAGGCUCCAGGAGGUAUACCAAACGGCCAGAGUUCGACCUCGGACCUCGCCAUUGACGUGUCCAAUUCAAGCCCAAAUGGCGAUCCUUCAGCAAAUUUGAGGAAUCCUGCUGCAACACCAGCCGAAACCUAUGGGUCAGAUAACUACAGCACGCAGCCAUGGUCUAGACACUCGUCACAAGUUUCAAUUGCUCUACCAGGAAGUAGAAUCCCGCUAGGGAAGCGGAAAUAUAAUGAACAGAACCUCACGUCCCCUAUUCCAUCACCUGGUGGAGAGACAUAUUCCCCGACGGAACCUAAAACAAAAAAGCAACAGCAUCAUUCUCAAAACCAACCCCAUUUGAAUGCUUCAAAUAUCAACCCCGGAUAUAGCACUGUUGCAGAUAAUACCACGGACGUCAACGGCAAGCCCAACCUCUCAUUUCUCUCUUUCCUAGACGAAGCCACGGUUGCUCAGAUCCCGGAAAAUCUGCGGCGUAGUCUCAGGGACUGCUUUACUGAAGUGAGGGGUGGCACUAAGAACGAGCCAUUUAUAUGGAAACGGCACGUCAAGCGUGUCGGCUGGGAUGUCUUGAAACAGUGGGAGAUAUGGGGACUUGACGUUCAGGAGAUUUGA